GAAACCUCACAGACCCUCAAGAAACCUCCAGAAAAAUCUACAAUGUCGAGCCCGGGAUAAAGUCAUAGAAUUUCUUUCUCACUCGCACCUCCCGGGAUCGCUUUAUUUCUUUAUACCUCUCCGCAACAACAACAGCACGCGUGUGCCCAAAAAUGCUCUCAAAAUCACGAGUAAUUAUCCGGACAUUUCGACCGGCUAUUAAAAACGCAAACCUACGAGCAUGUUCGAGGAAUGGAUCAAAUUUACCUCGACUAAUUGGAUUAAGUGCUCCUAGUUUUCUCGGAGGCUCGCCAGUUUUUGCGACAAGAGGAUAUGCUGCAGGUGGGGCACAUCGAAUGGGUAAGAAAACUUUUGCAGAAGUCCCUUUCCCUACGCCUAACUCGAGUCAUAGGGGAACAACAACCGCCACCGGAACAACAACCGCCACUGGAACAAUUUGGCACAGAUUUGACCGCUCGUGCUAGAGAUGGGAAACUGGACCCUGUCAUUGGCCGUGAUGAAGAAAUCCGCCGGACCAUCCAAGUAUUGUCAAGGCGGACGAAAAACAACCCCGUCCUCAUUGGUUCGGCAGGAACUGGGAAGACUGCAAUUCUAGAAGGCCUUGCGCAGCGGAUUGUCAGUGGCCAAGUGCCGGAAAGUAUGAAGGAUAAGAGGGUUGUAAGCUUGGAUUUAGGACAGCUGAUUGCCGGAACUAGAUUCAGAGGCGAUUUUGAAGAAAGGCUUAAGGUUUUUGUCCCUCCAUUUCCAAUAACCAUCACCAAACUAACAGGGUUAUCGUUUUAUUAUAGAGUGUCUUGAAAGAGGUUUCUGAAGCUCAUGGGAAGGUUAUCCUUUUCAUUGACGAACUUCAUUCACUGCUUGGCCUGGGAAAGACAGAGGGUUCGGUCGAUGCAUCCAACCUUCUCAAGCCUCAACUGAGUCGUGGAGAGCUUCAGUGCUGUGGCGCUACAACAUUGAAUGAAUAUCGCCAAAUCGAGAAGGAUGUGGCUUUGGCUCGGAGGUUUCAACCUAUCCUUGUUGAUGAGCCUAGUGUUCACGAUACGAUCAGUAUACUUCGAGGGUAUGAGAUGAGGACUCAUUUCCUUUCCUUUUUGUGAUUACGCCGCUUACCACCUCCCAAUAGGAUCAAGGAUCGGUAUGAAGUGCAUCACGGUGUCCGGAUUACCGAUAACGCGCUUGUUUCCGCGGCCACACUAUCGAACCGCUACAUCACCGAUCGUUUCCUACCUGACAAAGCCAUCGAUCUAGUCGAUGAGGCUGCUUCGGCAUUGAGGCUUCAGCAAGAGUCACGUCCUGACGAAAUUCAGGAACUUGAUCAUGCAAUUUUGACACUGAGAAUUGAGCUCGAGUCACUUCGGAAGGAGGAGGAUGUGGCCUCUAAGGAGCGAAAGGAGAAGCUUGAAGCCAUUUUGAAAGAAAAGAAGGCAAUGGUCGAGGGACUCACGAAGGUUUGGGAAGAAGAGAAGGCCGGGCUCCAGGCGAUAAAAACUGCAAAGGAGGAGUUAGAGCACGCCAGGGUUGAACUUGAGAUAUGUCGAAGAGAAGGCAACUUCGAGAAAGCUUCUAUGCUACAAUACGCGAGGAUUCCCGAACUAGAGGCAAAGCUUCCCAAGGAUGGCGAAGCGAGUAAGGGCUCACUUAUCCAUGAUUCGGUGGGCCCAGACGAUAUUUCUCAUGUUGUUUCUAAAGCCACGGGCAUUCCUACCACUAAGCUUAUGUCUGGGGAAGCUGAAAAACUAGUGCAUCUCGAGGACGCUCUUCGCCAGUCCGUUCGUGGACAAGACGACGCCCUCAAGGCGGUUGCUGAUGCCGUCAGGCUUCAGCGCGCUGGAUUAGCUAGCGACCAUCGCCCCACCGCCAGUUUCAUGUUUUUAGGCCCCACGGGUGUUGGAAAGACAGAAUUAUGCAAAGCGUUGGCGACAACCUUAUUCUCGAGCGAGACCGCAGUUAUCCGAUUCGAUAUGAGCGAGUUUCAGGAAAAACACACCGUCAGUCGGUUGAUUGGAAGCCCAGCUGGUUAUGUCGGCUACGAAGAUGCGGGUCAAUUGACAGAAGCCGUCAGAAGAAAGCCUUAUGCAGUCCUGUUAUUCGAUGAAUUUGAAAAGGCUUGUCUGAUAUCACCCAUGGGUGAGGUCGAGCGCUGACUGUUCUAUAUUAGGCUCAUAAGGAUAUCUCCUCGUUGCUCCUUCAGGUCCUUGACGAAGGCUUCCUAACAGAUGCUCAAGGUCGGAAGAUCGAUUUCCGUUCCACAAUCAUAGUUCUCACGUCCAACCUCGGCCAAGACAUCCUUAUCAAUGAUCCAUCCUCAGAUAUCGCAUUAUCGCGAGCUGCCAAGCAGCAGGUCAUGGAUAUUGUGCAGCAUUCCUACCCACCAGAAUUUCUAAACAGGAUUGACGAAUUUAUAAUUUUCCGGAGACUCUCGAAGGAUGCUAUUCGGGAUAUUGUUGAUAUUCGAUUGAAGGAAUUGCAGGCAAAGCUUGACGAUCGCCGAAUCAAACUAGACAUAGAUGUUAAAGCGAAGGAUUGGCUCAGCGAGAAGGGCUACGAUGUUCGAUACGGCGCAAGACCAUUGAACCGCCUUAUUGGCAAGAAAUUGUUGAACCCUUUGGCGGAGCGAUUGAUUCGCGGAGAAAUCAGGAAUAGUGAGGUAGCCAGAAUUCGGGUUGCACCGGCCGGAACAGAAUUGGAAGUUUUCCCAAAUCACGAUUCCUCUACUACCCCCCCUAAUCAGUAUUAAAAAUUGAAUUCCUAUGGGCGUUAUCUUGGUGAGCUUGGAUUUCCGGAGAAUAAGGUUUGCUACAUGAGUCAUGUACGGCGUUUUGUCAUCUCCACUCAUUUCCCUCUCGGUUUGGUGUUUACCGUCUCUUUGGCUACAACACUGUAUGUGAUACAGUAUUAUAAGGGUUUCCUUUAAUGGGCGGGCACAUCAUACGAUAUUUUCACGGUUGCACUGGCUGCCAUUCCAAAAAUUUCCACCGAGUGAUCCAAUGUAGAACGCUGUAAGUUAUACAUAGUACAGUGCCCCAUUAUUG